AUGCCGCAGACCGGGAACCAGACGAGCUUGUACAACAAGCUCGUCAUUACUUUUGUCGCCAUUGGCGGGACGACCUACGGAUAUGCAGCGUCUAUCAUCGGAAGCACAAUCGGUCAACCGGGCUGGUACCAAUUCUUCAAUCUUCCUGCUGAUGGGGAGCCGGGCUACGAUACUAUAACGACACCGGCGAUCGCGACGGCCAAUGGACUGUUUUCUGCUGGCGGCGCGUUUGCGUGCCUGGUGCUCAUGUGGGCUUGUGAUUAUUAUGGGAGGUUGAGGAGUAUUCAGUUUGGAUGCGCUUUGGGGGUUCUUGGUGGUGUCCUUCAGUGCGCUGCGCAGAACCUUGCUAUGUUCCAGGCUGGACGAUGGAUCAUGGGAAUGUGCGUUGGUCUGAUGGCUACCGUGACACCGAUGUAUCUCUCCGAGAUGUCCAGUCCCCUCGCACGCGGUUGGCUCGUCGGCCAUCAUGCCAUCUUUCUCGUCUUCGGAUACAUGCUAUCCUCAUGGAUCGGCUUCGCAGUCUACUUCUCCAAGAACCUUGAGUUUGGUUGGCGCUUCCCAUUAGCCUUUCAAGUCUUCCCACCACUGGUCUUGCUUCUUGGUUCGCCCUGGAUCCCUCGCUCGCCGAGAUGGCUCAUGUCCAAAGGUCAUCGCGAAGAAGCGUGGUCCGUUCUCGUUCGUCUUCGUAGGUCGGCCAAUGAUCCUGAAGAUCUGGUCGCCAAGGAAGAGUACUAUCAGAUUGAGAAGCAGCUUGAGCUUGAUGCAAAGAAGCUUGAGGUUUACGGGGGAAACCCAUGGAGGGCUGUGGUCCAGAAGAAGAGCUAUCGCAAGCGUAUGCUUAUUGGGUUCAUGACGCAAUGGGGUGCCGAGUUUGGUGGUCCUCUCAUCAUCAACAACUAUGCAGUCAUCCUGUAUACCAGUCUGGGCCAAACUGGAUACAUGCCGCUUCUACUCUCGGCUCUCUGGUUGACUACAGCCGGACUGAUCUACAAUCCUGGCGGUGCUUGGCUACAUGACAAGGUCAACUCCCGUCGCAAGAUGUACAUGACUGGCUUCAUCGGUAUCCUCAUUACUACUUCAAUCUACUGCGCGAUGAUCUCGCUAUAUGCUGGCACGGACAACAAGGCUGGAAAUGCCAUGGGCGUACUGUUCAUGUUCUUGUAUCUCGCCUUUCAAGGAACCUUCUGUAACACAACCAUGUACCUCUACGUCUCAGAGAUCUUCCCGACCGAGAUCCGAUCAAUUGGCAUUGGUUGGUCUCUGUUUGGGCAAUUCGCCGCUACCAUCAUCCUUCUUCAGACAGCGCCCAUCGGGUUCAAUUCUGUCGGCUGGAAAUACUUCCUCCUCGUCAUCUGCUGGAGUGUUCUUUUCAUCCCCGCCAUUUAUUUCUUCUGGCCCGAGACUGCUAGACUGUCUCUGGAGGAGAUUGGUAAGCAGUUUGGCGAUGAGGUCGCUGUGCAUAUCACGGAUGCGACGGAUGAAGAGCGCGCGGCGAUUGACAGGCAGUUGAUGGGUGAGAUUCAUGGUGACAACAAGGCGCCUGUUAAUGCUGCCAACGAGAUACCAUCUAGCAAUAGUAGCCAGUACAUCGCGACCAAGCAGUAA